AUGCCCACUUUUUCCCUUUCUCCAAAGGACUCGGAGUCACUGAUGCCAUCCCCAUCGCCCCAGAAAGCAGGCCGCGGCGCGAAGGCGCGUAUCUGUGUCCAUUGCGGCCGGGCCUUUCGUCGUACGGAACAUUUGGAGCGCCAUGUUCGAACUCACACCAAGGAGAAGCCGUUCAUCUGUUUCUGUGGGGCGGCUUUUACUAGACGCGAUCUAUUGAAGCGGCAUACACGCAUCUCCCACCAAGAUGGGCUUUCAUCGCCCGAUUCUCAAUCGGGGUCGAUGGCGAAGCCGGCGCUCCAAGCACCCCCGCGCACGGCACCUGCACCCGCAGCGAUUCCACCGCAGUAUGAUGCAGCGGCCCGCCCAGUAGCUUCGAUUCCAGGGCCAUCGCCCGUACCCCAGUGGCCCGUCACGCAGACUGAACCCUCCCCCUACAUGCCUCAAAAUCAAGCCGGUGGUAUCAUGGCUGCAGGAGCCCCUAAUCCUAACCCAGUCCCGGGAGAGCAUCCGGCUAUGCACGAUCCCGCUAUGCUUCAGGCUGCUCAAUUGCUGAUCCCGGGCGAUUAUCAAGCUACUACCAUGCCCUAUCUUCCAGAGGAUCUUAACCACUUUCAAGAAUUCACUCAUUUCUUGGACUCGAUUGGUUUACCAGCAGAGUGGCUUCCUAGCGAUGGAGAAGCCAAUCAAAUACAACCAGACAUCAGCCUUGAGGAUAUACAGAAGCCCGCUCAGUCAUCGCAAGAGCAGUCGAGACCUCGACGUAGUCUACGAGAAGAAUCCCGGGGAGACUCUCCUUUCCGCUCAUGGCUGCCAUCAGUCCCCAGAGGUGACCAAAGCUUGGGCGCUCUGUCCGACUCAGAACCGCCGCAAGCUUCCAAGUCUUCUAGGUUCAACGUUUCAGAGGACCAACGCUUCCGACUGGCAGCAGCCCUGGAAGAUUUUCGCAAUGUCAUUCCUGACUUUACCCUUCCAUCUCGCCAUACCUUGACUCGAUACCUCACUUCCUACUUUGAAGGCUUUCAUCCGCAUAUUCCAUUCAUACAUAUUCCUACUUUCCGCUUCAAUGAGUGUUCCGCAGAACUUAUUCUGGCUAUAAUGACAAUUGGUGCUCAGUAUCGAUUCGAGCAUCGAAACGCAGAAAGACUAUUCCACGUCUCCAAGGCUGUCCUUUACGAGAGAAUGUCACGAGACUCUCGUCUGGCAGGAUACUCAGCGCCCCUUGCUGUCUCCCAGUAUUCUGGUGACGGUCAAGUGGCAAGCGGGGCAGCUAUCAGCACAUCAAGGCAGAUGGAAGUGAUUCGCUGUCUCCUUGUACUCAUGAGCUAUGCGACCUGGGAACGAGCUGGACUCGUUCAAGAGGCCUUCCAAAUACAGUCCCAACUAGUUCAACACAUCCGCGACGCUGGUUUAACCGAGCCAUACACUGACCCUCGUGCCACGUCGCAAGACUGGUAUGAAUGGGCUGACCAGGAGUCCGUGCGACGGACGAAGCUUAUAUCAUUCUGCUUCAUUCACAUACAUAGCGUUGCUUACAAUGUCUAUCCAUCACUUCGGAGUAGCGAAAUCCACAUGCGUCUACCAUGCUCCACGAAGGAAUGGACCGCGAACAACGCUGUCGAGUGGGAAGCCGCUCAACGAGACCGAGGGCCUCAGCAGUUGUUCUUCCAGGAUGCCUUGACUCUCUUACUUCAGAAGUCACGGUCAACAGUACCCUUGGAACCGAUCCCGGCUCCGUUGGGUAACUAUAUGCUCCUCCAUGGUUUGCUGCAGAGAAUUCACAUUGUCAGCGAACUCUCAUUGCCGAACGGAAACCACUCAACCAGCCUGCCGACGGAAGAGCUGAACAAAAUAGAGCGGGCUCUUCGCUCUUGGACUUCUGUCUGGCAACAAGCACCAGAAUCAAGUCUGGAUCCUCACAACGCUAAUGGACCGAUUCCUUUCACGUCAAGCGCUCUCUUAGGACUCGCUUACGUACGACUAUCACUGAACCUUGGACCGUACCGCCGUCUCGAAACUCGGGAACCAGCAACCAUUGCAUCUGCCUUAUACCGCUCUCCUAAACCAGAGAGAAGCUACCGCCUCAUUCCAGCGCUUAUAUACUCUGCUCACGCACUUAGCAUUCCCGUUCGCCUUGGUAUCGAUCACAUUGCCCGGAGUCAAGCCUUUUUCUGGAGUGUGAGACACUCGCUGGCGAGUCUUGAAUGCGCUGUGUUGCUCAGCAAGUGGCUAUUCACCCUCGCAGAGGCGGCACCAGAUCAAGCUUUGAGCGAAAACGAGAGCCGUAUCCUCCGCUGGACGCAAUGCAUCGUUGAGGAAGCGUACUCGUCGAUCGACCUUGACGACGAAUCGGAAGCUCCGCAAAAUCUCGAGCCGGCAGCCUUGGGAAUGGCGGUUCUCAGACUAUGGGCACGAUUGUUUAAACGAAACACUCAGUGGCCUUUUAUCAAUGUUCUCGGACAAAGUCUGGAGCAGUACAUGACGAUGAUUUAA